AUGCUGAACAUUCCUUUUAUCCUCCUGGCUGCUGGCAGCCUGUCCACUCUCAUUGCUGGGGCUCCGAUCCCGUCCUCUCCCUUGAGCGCCGCCCGCCACGAAGAAGCUGUUCCUGCCUUCACUCCCUCUCUGUCCCUCAACAAGCGCACCACCGUCUACAACGUCCUCGGAGGAGCCGGCAAGCUCGCCCAAGGAUGGCCUUCCCUCGACGCCUGGUGGCCCUCGUUUGACGAGAUGUUCGAGGCCAACCGCGACACCAUGGCCAACUCGUGCACCCAAUGGAACGUCCCCAACAACUCGGACGACGAAAUCGACAACAUCUCCGCCGCCAUCAAGGAGGUCUCGGAAACCUCUGGCGUCGACGCGCGCUACAUCCUGGCCAUCGUCAUCCAGGAGAGCAACGGCUGUGUCCGCGCCCCUACCACCAACUACGGCGUCACCAACCCCGGUCUCAUGCAGAGCCACAACGGUCUGGGCUCCUGCAACAACGGCGAGGUCCUCAGCCCCUGCCCCUACGCUCAGAUCAAGCAGAUGAUCACCGACGGCACCGUCGGGACUUCAGACGGUGACGGCCUCGUCGGCUGCCUCAAGGCCGCCGGUGGCACCAGCGAUGUCUCCUCGUACUACCGCGCUGCGCGCAUCUACAACUCGGGCUCCAUCGACUCGUCUGGCAACCUCGGCCUGGGCAUCGCGACUCACUGCUACUCGUCUGAUGUUGCAAACCGUCUCACCGGCUGGGCGACUGGUCCUAGCAGCUGUGUCCCCGACACCAUCGGCACAUUGAAUGCUGCCGUCACCACCAACUUCCGCUUUGCGGGCAGCAGCACCUCGGAUGAUUCCAGCGAGUCCGAUGAGACGACGGUUGAGAGCAGCUCUACCACCACCACCACCACCACUACCACCACCACGACAACUCAAGCCCCGGCUCCGACAACCAGCGCCAGCACGACCACAACUGCUGCCCCCGCCCCAACCCCCGAGCCUGAGGCCGACACCGUGACAUCGACCACGACCACGACAACAACAAUGACCUACACCCUGGUUCACGUUGUCCCAACCAGCACGACAACGCCAUCAUCUGCUCCGACCGCACCCCCAGCCACCUCCGCCCCUGCCGCCUCCUCCACCGCGGCCCCCAUCUACCCCUACGCCGACUCCGCCUGCAAGGAGUACUACACGGUCGUGGAGGAUGACUACUGCCUCAAGGUCGAGUCCGCGAUUGGCGUCUCGCUCGCUGAGCUCCGCGAGUUGAACUCCGGGCUCAAGGAGGACUGCACGAAUCUGUGGCUCGGGUACCAGUACUGCAUCAAGGCUUAG